CUGCAGUCUAGAAUGAGAUAGCUGAAAACGCUCGUGUUUACAAAAAAACUUGAGUUCAAACAAAUGAAUGAAGCGCGGACGGUUCUUGGCCCUGUGUUCUGCAUCCUUUACGUGGUGUUAUAUUUCACUAAUAAGUAUGUCCUGUCUGUUUUGAAGUUUACAUAUCCUACUUUGUUCUUGGGGUGGCAGACGUUCUUUGGGGCAGUCCUGCUCCUCGUGUCUGGGAAGCUGGGAUGGGUGGAGCUCAGCGGUUUCCCCAGAUCUGCGGUUCUUUCCUGGCUCCCUGGCUCACUUUUGUUUUGGGGGAAUAUAUAUGGAGGCUCCAGAGCUUUAUCCAGUUUGCCCAUCCCCUUCUUCCUCACACUGCACAACGCCUCAGAGGUCAUGUCAUUCCUCAUUCUCAAGGUCACUCAGAGAGAUAGAACAUCAUGGCAGAAAGUACUGAGCACACUCAUGCUGCUCGUAGCGGCUGUUUGCCUCAUCCUCCGUGAUCCUCAGCCUCAUGCUGGUGGCUACAUGUGGGCAGUGCUCCAUCUCUCCUGUGUGGGGGCAUACAAGGUUUUUCAGAGGAGGUCCAAGGGCAGCCAUCUCAGUGAUCUGGAACAACAGUUAAUCAACUAUGUGUUCAGUGCACUGCUUUUGACUUCUGCAGCACAUCCAACAGGUGACCUGUUUGGAGCGCUGGAGUUCCCUUUUCUCCUGUCCCACAAGUUCCACAUUGGCUGCUUUGCCAGCGCUCUACUGGGCUUCUGUUUGCUGUUAGCCUCCAUCAGACUGAAGAGCAGUGUACCUAUGGACCAGGUGGGGGCCUGGGUGGUUGUGGCCAAGGUUCUGGCCUCAGGUCUGUCCCUGUUUGUCUUCACCGUUGUGAUCGACCUGGAGACUCUGUGCUGUGUUGUCAUAAGCCACACAGGAGAGGCCCUGUCUGUGUAUGCUGAAAGAGUGCAAGACAGAUAGUAUAAAAGGAAGAGUCUUGCAGGACAAGGACUGACCUGGAAAUGAUACUUAUCAUCUCCUUAGAGGUGUUGUUGAGGAGGACUUGCAGUGUGUCGUCUCAUCGGCUGGAUAUUGCUGAAAACUGGCAUUGUUACAGCUGAGAGCAGGACAUUUGGCAUAUCCACUUCUGUGUUUAAAACACACAUGAGGAUUUAAUGCAGUAUUGGACCAUAAGAGAUCAGUUAGGACCAUGGCUUUUGUGUGCCUUCACUAUGUUUAUCACAGCCCAUGAUCAGAGAGAAUG